AUGCGCCACGUAAAGAUCCACGAGGGUGUGAAGUUUGCCUGCAAUUUGUGCAAUAAAUUGUUCAUGCGAAAAGACACUGUCGCUUAUCAUAUUAAAGAAGUACACCGCCAAGGUAGAACUGUGUCAUGCACUAAUAAGGACAUCCAAGGUAUGUAUUUAAUUUUUUAAAGGACUAUGAAAGGAAUAAAAACAAAUCAAUUAUAUUUUUAGUUGACAUUAGCAAAAACUCUCAAAUUGAACCAGACAUUAAUAGAGGUGUUAUCCCAACACCGUCCUCUACCAAAAGUAUUUAUAUAAUACGAUUAAUAUUUGUGAAUACAUUAUUAUGAUUUUUUUUUUCGCAGUCGAUAGUUAUGGUAAUGACCAAAUAGAGAUUGCACCAGGAAUAAAUGUAGAUAAUAUUCAAGCCGAACCGUCUACUAAAAGUAAUGUACACACGUGUAUUAUUAUUAGCAUAUAG